UUUCAUUGGAGGCCAUGGAGCUUUCGGCCAAUGAGCUCAGCAUUUAUGACAAGCUAUCGGAGACGAUUGAUCUAGUGAGGCAGACUGGCCACCAGUGUGGGAUGUCUGAAAAAGCCAUUGAGAAAUUCAUCAAGCAGCUCUUGGAAAGAAAUGAACCCCAAAGGGGACCUCCCCGGUACCCUAUCUUAGUAGUUCUCUACAAGGGCCUGCUCACGCUGGGGUUGGUCUUGCUGACUGUUUACUUCGUGAUCCAGCCAUACAGCCCGCUGCCGCCUGAAGCUCCGCUCUCUCGAGCCCAUGCCUGGGGCUCCCUCAUCAGUCACAUCCGGCUGCUCUCUCUGCCUAUUGCAAAGAAGUACAUGUUCGAGAAAUGCCAGGACUGGUGGGCAGCAGGUUGCAGACAGAACACUUCUAUGCUUCCCACAAACUGCACAGUCUGUUCCACUGUGAAAAGCCUUCAGAUAGUGACAGACUUCAGAGAACUAUCAGAAAAGCUCCCGAGGUCUCAGCCUUUUCUAAUCAAGACAGGGCAGCAUCUCUCCUAUGAAGAACUGAAGCAUUUUCAGUCCCAGGAUCCAGAACUGGCAGAGGUUAUAAUAGAAGAAAAUUCAGCUGAAUUGUGGAGCUGCCCGUUUUUCUUGCCCUGGAACAAAUCUGUGAAUAAAACUCGGAUUCUACAGGAAUUUUUCCCCACUUCCUCUUUGCUGUCCUUCCCCAAGACAGUGUCCUUGGAGAGCUGCUUCCUCAUCCGUCAUCCAGAUUUGGGGAAUAAGAGCUACAAUUUGCACAGCCUCUUUGCUGUUGGAAGUGGACAGCUCACCCUGACUGUUGUACCCCUGGAUAAGUGCAGAGGACACUGUGAGAUGUUCAAGGUGGAGCUGGAAGCUGGAGAUUUGGGUUAUGCCAGCGCAGAUUACUGGACGAUGAGCUUCAUGGCCAAAGGGACAGAGCCGGCGGUUGUUUGUGAUGGAGCUGCUAGCUAAGGAUGGUGGGGUGGGAAAACAGAGCUGUUUCCAGGACAAGAAGACUUUCAGCUUUGAAGCCAAGGCAAUGUCUUGAUAGCGAUAGAGCUGGGGCAACUGGGGUGGGCAGCUUUGCCACCCUGCAUGUUUACAGUGUUUAAAAAUGACUGUUUUCCUGACCCUUGAGGUAAUUCUUUGCCUUUCCUCAGAUGUAUUUUGGGAGAAGCCCA